GCGCUACUGCUACCAACUCAAGUCAGAGAUUGCGACAACAACUGCUCGUCAGCUUGUGCCGUCCGUAAGCAUCUAACACCCAUAAAGGAGGCAUAGACGCCAGAGCUGGUCAUCAGCCUGUGGCACCAAGGUGCUGCUGCUUGCGCCUCAUAAAAGCGACAUAGAUGCCAGAGAUGGAAGCCACAGAUAACCUUGGUUUUUGGACUCUAUAGUUGGCGCCAAGUUGACCAAGACGGCAACAGGAUGAACCCUUCGAUGACCGGAAAGCCUGUUCGCGGUGGUGCCAAAUGUUCAACUGGUCAAGCUCCGAUUGCCAAAAAGAAAAAGCUCAAAGCAAGCUGCGAUUUCUGUGCAAUCUCCAAGGUUAAGUGCGAUCGUGGCCAACCUCAAUGCCGGAGAUGUGUCCGAAGCGAGCUCACAUGCCCCUAUAGCGAGAGUCGGAGGGUCGGUAAGGCGCGCCUUAUGUAUUCCAUGAACAGCACUUCAUCAAAUGACUCGAGCCCUGCUAUGGAUGACAACUUCAACCCCCGGAGCGAUGGAGAAAACUGCACUACCGGAGCCUCUGCAGCAGCAGCGCCUACGACCCCAUAUCUAGAGUCCACAAAUUGGCCGGACCCUAUGGCUCUGGACUUCUUGUAUGAGCGUAGCACCAACUCCGUGUCCGGUACACUGAGACCGGCUAUCUACAGUCGCUCCACCAUGUCUGCGUUCGAAGUUAGCCUUAAUCAGCUUGUGGUCCCGUCAAGCACAAAUAUGUUGAGCCAUGGGCCCAUAUAGGAGUACUUCCGCAGUCUCAACUCCACGCUAGACGCCAGUAAUACAAAUGCGGAGCAUCCAAACGAGAUGGACACACAAUCUGCGCUUUCCUGUCCGAGGUCCACAUUCCUAGACCACCAAGUGAGCCGUUCGAGAAUAACGGAAGUCAGUGCGU